CGCCACAUUUCAGUUUAAGGAGAUAUUGUUAAAGUCCUGUCACAUCACAUUAUGUGUAGUGUUUGUAUGUAUCUUCUCACCGCGUUAUAAACGUAUUAAUGCGGCAAAUUCACGUUAAAAAUUCGGUGAAUUACCGUUAAACCGCUGCCAUGUGUUGAUGCUAACAGCAGGUGGCAGCAGUGAGCUCACCGCUUUCUUCUUCUUCGCCGCUCUUUAUUGUGGUAGUCGUUGACUCUGCUGUUGACAGCUCACAGGAAGUCCCGACCGGCUCCGCUUUGUUCUCCGGGAAAACUUCACCUUUCCCUCUGUUUUCAACGGUAAAACAAAGAGUGAGGACACUUAGUGUCGGCGGUGGAUGACAGGAUGGAGGAAUAUCAUAACGGCAGCGAGGGCUCCUUCAACUCUGAAGAAGCUGAGACCAUCGUCAAAGAGUGUAUUGAGAACGUGGUGGGCAGCGACGACUACAGCCAGGCCCAGGUGAACAAAUGGACGGCGAGCGUGGUGGAGCGUUGCCUCACACAGCUGGUCAAACAGGGCAAACCCUACAAGUACAUCGUGACGUGUGCUGUGAUGCAGAAAACAGGAGCGGGCCUCCACACAGCUAACUCCUGCUACUGGGACACGGCCAUGGACGGAAGCUGCACAGUGAGAUGGGAGAACCGCACCAUGUACUGUGUGGUCAGUGUGUUUGCUGUGGCCAUUGCAUAGGACACACACACACACAUACACACACACACACACACACACACACAGACACGCAUAUGUAUAUAAACAAGGAUGAGUAGCAGCGGAGCAGCGGUGCAGUGUGUCCCUGUGGACAGCAGGGGGCCACAGAGUGCCACACAGAUGGAAGCUUGACCUUUGACCUCUGAGGAAACUCUUCAGCCUUCAGAUGCAUGACCUCAUGUGUUUCUCUUUAUCUGCCGUCACUGCAGUGCUUUCAUGUGUCACAGUGAGCUGUGUGUGUGUCGCUGACGCCUGGCAGCAUGCAGCAGCUGCUAACCUUCUUCUUCUUCUGUGGUUAUCAUGUGCAUCAUGUCAACACCAGACAGACAGAGAGGAUUUUUGUACUCAGCUGCAGGAAAAUAAACAUGAAGACAUUUAUGAGCAAACA